GGUAAAGGCAUUGCCAUGAAACCGAACUUGAAGCAAUGGAAACAACUCAUGCUCUUUGGUAUCUUUGCAUGGGGCCUACUCUUCUUGGUGAUAUUCAUCUAUUUUACAGAUAGCAACACUGCUGAACCAGUUCCAAGUUCCUUUUCUUACAUUGAAACUAAGAGACUUCUGCCCCUUCAGGGCAAGCAGAGAGUCAUCAUGGGAGCCAUUCAUGACCCAUCCUUCUCUGAAACCAUCGAUGGGAAUGAGGUACUUCUUAAUGAAGAUCUCCUGGGUACUUUUAAGUCAGGGACUGGAAAUUCUAAGAAAUGGACUGUAUUGGAAGAGGCCUUUAGAAAUGAAGAUGAGUUUUUUCCACCCCAGUUAGGAAGAAAAUCAAAAAGUGCUUUCUACCAAGGGAAUGAUGAUUAUUUAUUUGCUGCUGGUCAGCCAUCACACAACCACCUUGAAGAGAUAGAAAAAUUCAUUUCAGCUGACAUGAAUAAUCCAAAAGGAAAUAUUUUACAGAACAACUGGAGCCAUCAGAGAAGAAUGAGGAGAAGGAGCACAAAGCAUAGGAGAGGCCAGAUGCUUGAUGAAUCUGAUGACUGGGAUGGGCUGUAUUCCACAAUGUCGAAAUCCUUUCUUUACAAGCUUUGGAAAGGGGAUGUCUCUUCCAAGAUGCUAAACCCUCGACUGCAGAAGGCGAUGAAAGAUUAUUUGAGUACCAAUAAGCAUGGGGUGCGGUUCAAGGGGAAACGAAACUCCAAGUUGACAGGAGACCAGCUAUUCUGUGAGCUAAAAGAAAGAGUGAAUGUGAAAACAAUAGAUGGCAAGGAGGCUCCCUUCUCCACUCUUGGAUGGGAAAAGCACGUUCCCCAGAUUCCACUGGGCAAAUUAUAUACACAUGGCUUUGGGAGCUGUGCAGUAGUUAUGUCUGCUGGUGCAAUACUGAACUCCUCUCUAGGGGACGAAAUAGAUUCUCAUGAUGCUGUUUUAAGAUUUAAUUCUGCUCCAACACGUGGCUAUGAAAAAGAUGUUGGAAAUAAAACAACCAUGCGGAUCAUUAAUUCUCAGAUUCUCACCAAUCCAAACCAUCACUUUGUCGACAGCUCCUUGUAUAAAGAUGUUAUCUUAGUAGCCUGGGAUCCUGCUCCCUACUCUGCAAAUCUGAAUGUGUGGUAUAAGAAGCCAGACUACAAUCUGUUCACUCCCUAUGUGCAGCAUCGCAGGAAGAAUCCAACCCAGCCAUUCUACAUCCUCCAUCCAAAGUUUAUAUGGCAGCUCUGGGACAUCAUUCAGGAGAACACUAAAGAGAAGAUACAGCCCAACCCUCCUUCUUCAGGUUUUAUUGGUAUCCUCAUCAUGAUGUCCAUGUGUAAUGAAGUGCACGUGUAUGAGUACAUCCCCUCGGUGCGACAGACAGACCUGUGUCACUACCAUGAACUCUACUACGAUGCAGCCUGCACCUUGGGGGCUUACCAUCCUCUGCUCUACGAGAAGCUCCUGGUGCAGAGGAUGAACAAAGGUUUGCAGGAUGAUCUGUAUCGCAAGGGGAAAGUCAUUUUGCCAGGGUUCAAAGCUGUCAAGUGCCCCAAACGAAAUAAUUUCUCACACUUGUAGAAGUAAGUCUUUCAGACACAAUGUGCAAUAAGGUACUACUGUCGUACUAUAAACAAGAAGAGAAUACUUGAAAAAAUAUAUCUUAGACCAAUCUAGUCUUGAGUCUAUAAAUUGUAAUUAAGUAGCAGGCAUGAGAAAUACUUCUUUUCUGAGCCUGAGUAUUUAUUACUGCUUUGCAAAUAGUUACAGAAAAAAAGCAAAGGCUUAGCUCAUGAAGGUGCAAAGGACAUACUUAGGCAGAAAUAUAACGUAUUGUUGUUGGUGUGACUGUCAGAAUUUGUCGGUGGUCUCAUGCCACAUAUCCUAGACUGUAAUUUUUUUUUAAAUGAAUUUAUUUAAUUGUCAAACCUGGCAUUGUGAAACAGCCUCUAUUGUUCACGUAGGUACAGAGUGGCCAGUUGAACAAUGCAGCAUUUCCCGUGACUCCACGGGAUUUUCACACUCUCCCAGAAUGAAAUGAUUGCUGCUCCAAGCUGUGCAGUCAUUCAUUAGAGCAGACUCUAAUGCCUGUUCUGUGCAGGCUCAGUUCCAGCACUCCAGCUGAACAGGGGCUUAGGGUGGCCCUGAAGCGUGUGUGGUUGGAGAGGGCUGUACACAGCUAAACCAGUUAAACUACUGGAUGUAUUUUUGGAUGCCAGUCUCCCAUGCUCACACUGACUGCAGAGGGAAGAGAGAAAUGUCUCAUUUCUUGAGAGAAAAAAGAACAUAUUUGUAACCCAAUUAGGAAGAAAAACUCUCUCUGAAAGGACUAUCAGGAAGGUGAGAGAUGGAAAUGCUGCCUUCCCCCAGUCUGCACAGAUACAAAAGAUCCAGAGAAAGCCAAGGAAGGCUGUGCAGCAUUCACCCAUCACACUGAAAGCAAGCUUAGAGGGAACUCACCUCUUGUCAACAAAGAUAGCAUUCAGGAAUACAGACAUUAUUUGUUAGGUAUUUCAUUGGUAUCUGAAUCAAAGUCACUUGUUCACAAGUUCUUCAGAACAUGUUGUUCAGAAAGAAGUUUUCUGAUGAAAGAAGAUGUUAUCAGCAUUUUUUACUUAAUGCUUGAAAGACUAUAAUCCAGAAAAGCUGUAAUGCCUGCAAAAAAACCUGACUAUGGAUUGCAUAUGGAGAUGGUUUGAUAUUUUCAUUCAUAACACAUAAGGACAAUAUUCUUUAAGGCAAUUCUAAAAGUUAAUGGUCUGGAGUGGUUUCCUCAGUUUUUUUGUUUUGGUUUGGUUUGGUUUUUUACCACCUGACUGUACAUUUUCUUUUAGAGUAAGUUCAGGAGGAAUAUGUGUACAUAGAAGC